GAUAUGAGUUAUAUCGGGACAAUUGUUCUCAAUUUAUUUAGUUAUUUUGUGUCGAUUUGUUAUUGCGUAUUAAUUUUUGAUUGCUGUGAUCCGGCGCAAGGUACGCGUGACGUCAUGGCAAGAUGGCGAGUCAAAGCUGAGAAAGCAGACGGAUUUUCCGAAUCUCCGUGUCAUUUGUAGACCUAUUUCAUUGAUGAGAACUAGAACAGCACUUUCAGUGCCGGUGGUAUGUCGUGGAUAAGGGAAAAUGAAGGAAGCCAGUCUUCAUGGCUGCGGAGAUUCUGUGCCAAUGUGCUCAAGGCUGGACCAUUACCUAAGCAUGUUGCAUUCAUCAUGGAUGGGAAUCGCCGAUUCGCCAGCAAGAAAAGUAUUCAGCGAGCUGAGGGCCAUCUCAUGGGCUUCGAAAAAUUGUCUGAGACAUUAGAAUGGUGCCGAGAUCUAGACAUUACUGAAGUCACAGUUUAUGCCUUUAGUAUCGAGAACUUCAAGAGAUCAAAGGAAGAAGUGGAUGGGCUGAUGGAAUUGGCAAGAGAGAAGUUUGUGAAAUUACUCGAAGAAAAGGAGAGGUUGAAGAAGUAUGAUAUAUGUGUUCGUGUGAUAGGCAAUCUUUCCCUUCUUCCACAUGAUAUUCAGGAGUCGAUAGCAGAGGCUGUCUAUUACACAAAGGACCAUAAACGAGCUACUUUAAAUGUGUGCAUGCCAUACACAUCCAGGGAUGAGAUUUGUGCAGCGAUGAGGGAGGUGACAGAGGGAGUGCAAUUAGGACUGCUGAGAGAAAGUGACAUCUCGGCAGAGGUGGUGGAUAAGUGCCUGUACACAAAUCACUCGCCUCACCCUGAUCUCGUGGUGCGGACGUCUGGUGAAGUUAGGCUCAGUGAUUUCCUUUUGUUACAAAGCAGCUUUUCAGUACUGGCCUUUGUGAAGGUUUUAUGGCCAGAAUUUAGUAUAUGGCAUCUCUACGCUGCAAUAUUGCAUUAUCAACAGAAUUAUAAAGAUGUACAAAAAGCCAAAGAUUAUCGUCAAGCUCAAGAAGAGAGCGAUGUGGAGGAGUCAGAUUACAAUCAUGUGAAGGAUCACUUUCAUAAAGACCACCGUGCCAAGGACUCACCAAAUAUACAACAGAGAUUGUUAGAAUAUAAAACGGAAAGGGAACAGAGAAUUAGGACGUUUUUAACCCACUUGGAAAAUAAACGGACUAAAUAUUUUGAGGACCUUUGCUUAAAACGUAAUCAAAGUGGUGCUAAAGAGGAUUUAGUGCACAGAACAUCGAAUCAUGCUGUGUGAUUUCUAAUGAUUUUAUAAUAGCCUGCUUGAAUUUUAAAUUGUGGUAGAUUUUCAGCAGCAAUAGAUUUCUUUACCAGACUUUCCAAUAAUAGAAAAAAGUUACUGUAGAUCGGGGUUCGGGAAUUACUUAAAUAAACACAGUAGUGUAAUCCGUAGUGCAUUUGAGCUUGUUCGGAGUUGCUGGCUGAGAUUUCUCAAUAAAGUUGGGCCUUCAAAAAAGGCCUGGCUGGAACCCCUGGUUUACAUCCCUUUUUGCAGGGGACAGCCCUGUUGAAAUCGGCCUCUAUUCAGGCAGGUACAUCUCUGCAAUCGGACUUUUAAGUGCAUAAUUCAUACUUGAGUUGAACAUUAUUGUAAUAUUUGUACUUCAAUGUGGUACAUGUAUAAAUAAGAAUGAUGUUCGAAAGGAAUGUUACACUGUGAUUGAUUGAUUAAUAUCUAUUAAGUUUUUGUAGUGACUGUUAUAAUGAGUUUUGUACACAACUGCAUCAUGACUUUGGAUACAUAGGCUUAAAUAACAUGUGUAAUCAUGUUGAAAAUCUUGAGGUGUUCCUCGAAAUUCAGCUUGUAGCUCUAUUUGUCUAAUAAUGAUGGCCUGCACUCAUACAUUGUAUCAUGUAAACUAUCCUUAAUACUUUAUUUCAUAGCAAUUGGUGUUUUUGUAUUCAUAUCUAAUCUAUCUUCACUAUUGAAACAUCAAUCAUUUGAUGGAUGAGAAAUUGAGACACUAGAUUACAAGAGUCACAAUAAAAAUAUGUGUCGGUUCAAAUGUUGAGAACGUUUGAUAAAAUCAAACAAGUAAUGGUGCCAUUAUACCAAGUUUAGCUCUGAUUUGACAAUGCCACUGCCUUUCCCUUUGGUUCGCUCGUUUCUGAGGGAUAAUACUGCGUUAAAAUGGUCAACUUUGGUAUAAAAUGUCUUGUUCACUUGCCCCAAACUAAUACUCAGUGUCAGAGCUCUUGUAACAUAUUAGAAAUGGCUUCCACUGUUUUCAGCUAGGUGAUGAUCCCCAAAUGACAUGUUGUAGCCAAAUUGGGCAUCCACUUCAUGUGAUAGCCAGGGACUUGUUCAACUGAACUUUAGCUAAUGUCAACAGUACCUACUUCUUUUGUACUUACAAUGAUUGUAUGAUAUUAUUUUUGAAUGAAAUGCAGUCAUGUAGAUUAGGAAAAUUAUUGUUAAGAAAAAUAGACUAAAUUAUUUUGAAAA